UUUCUGCCUUACUCGAUCCCUGUUCAGGAUGUGAUCGAGUCAGGCUAUGGGCUGAGACUGGAGAUUCGGGCAACGAUAAUGGCUUGGAAGACGGGACAGAAGAGGCGAGAUCAACCCUCGAUGUGUGAGAUCUCAUGAAGCCCACCAACUGGCUGGGACUGCGUAGGCCCGGUUGGCCAGGGCAUCUGAACGCUCGUUAUCCUUGUUUGGGCCGAUCCUUCGGUGUAUUGACAGCUAGGAAGGACUGCCUAUACGUGCAAUUCACCAAGUUUCGGACAGCCCGCCACAGGCAGGCCUGGGCGUCCUUCAAAAGCGAGUCUGGAACGGCGUUUAGCCAGCCGCUGGGCCAAAUAUCAGCUCGUUGUCCUCGCCUGAAUGGGUGCUAUGACCGCCAAAGGCAACGGGAUUCUAUGCCCUGGGCCGGAUCUGUGUCUUUGAUUGGAUCCCACAUUGAAAAUUCCAUGAUGACGCGGCUGAACAAGUCGAAUAUUCGUGGAUGGUCUCACUUCCUCAAUCGUUGCUUUGCUGCUUUAUUGCUAAGCCUUGCAUUGCCUGAAGGAUUAACCGCUGAGCCUUGUUUCGUCCAAGUGGCUGUGGCGAUGCUCCGUUGCAACGCCAAAUGGCGCAUCUCCAGGCUAGACUUGUCAGCUCUAGUUGUCAGAUAGAUCCUUGCAGAUCGGUGUAGCUAGUAUGAUGAGUACUCUGUACGCCGAGUAAUCCUCAGCCACGUACGAGGUGCAAGACUCUGGAGGAGAGGUACCAUUCUUUUAGCUCAAGCGGUUCUAGACUGGCCAUCGGCUAUUCUCGCUUGUCUUCGCGGACACUGUCCCUUUCACAAGGAAGUUUGAUACAGCAUUUCUGCCACCGCGUUGACGUCGACAUCUGCGCCACAUUACUC